GUGGGACGGAGAGUGAUCGUGUCCGGGCUUUUUUUUUUACUUUGACUCUCAUGCGUCCAUGUGGCGCUGUGUCGUACGCCUGAGCUCUCUCCGCCGCUGCUGGCGCUCUGUCUCUUUGCUCAGCUGUUAUAUGCUCGCUCACCGCGGCUCGAAUAUCACUUACCGGGUCCCGACCAAUCCCUGCGCGCUGUCAGACCUGGAGCGGAUCAGAGCAGGCAGGCCGGGGGAAAGAGAGAAAGCGGGGGAAGCGCACACACCCAGUCACCGGCGUCUACCCAUCCAAACGCAUAUCCUCUUUCGACAGAUCGACAUACGGGCUGCACACACCCCCACCCCCCGCCCUCCCCCUCUGACUACAGCCGGGUUAGAGAAGGAGGCGCCGGCCGGGCAGGAUGCGCGAUGGGACAGGCGUGCGGACACGCGCUCCUCUGCCGUAACCAGCCUCCGUCCUCUGAGAUACGUGGUCAGCAAGUGUUUCUGCGUCCCGAGGAAAGUUCAGCUCCGGCUCUGGGCACCAGACAGUCCACCACGUUGUCCGAACAGCUCCAGGAUGCCUUGCUGCGGCUGGCAGCAGUUGUUGAUGUACGCUCACUCCGAGUGGCCCUGCGAGACAGCGUUCAGGAGCUGCUCCCCAGCACGGAGUGUGUGUGCAUCUACGUGCUGGAGGGAGACUCCAGGCUGCUGUCUGACGACCCGCCGCACGAAGUGCCACAGGAGGGGAAGAUCAGGAGUACCGUGGAGCAGCAGAAGCGAUGCGAGUGCACUGGCCUCCCUCCAUCAGAACUGCCGGAGAAAUACAGGAUCUUCCUAGCGGCACCGUUACCGGGACACAGGAGAGCUCUCGUAAUUCCCAUCUUGGAUCAGGAUCACAGCAAGGUUCUAGCCGUCUUACUGGUGGGAUGUGGCCCGCUAUCAGAUCAAGACGAACUGCAUCUGAAUGUGCUGGGAAAACAUGCCUCGGUGGCAUGUGUCCGCAUCCAGGCAGUGCAGGCGUCCUAUCAGAGGCCUCCUCUGAGCCCGUCGCCUCUGCAGUCCCACAAUGCUCUGCUGCACCUCGACGUCUCAGAACAGGACUACUGCGAGCUGGACCGCAACAUUCUGCAGCUCUGUGGUGAGCUCUAUGACCUUGAUGCCGCUUCUCUCCAGCUCAAAGUCAUCAAUUAUAGUUAG